AUAGUUAGUAGUCUGUGGCGUCGACUGUGUCGUUGAAUCGUUUAAUUUGCAAUGGCCGAUUGAAAAGACGGGUUCGGUGGCAUAUCGCGGCCGUUUCUAUAGAUUCUUCCAUAAAAACAUUUUUUUAUAAUACUGACUCGGAAAGCCAGUAAAAUUUUGUGAAAAACAGUUAGUGUAUAAUACUGUGAUUUAGAAUUCGCUGUGGGUGUUUCAAAGACUCGUUUACGAUUGUAAUUUUUCGUGUGAAAUUUUGUUAUUGAUUAUGUAAGCAGCCAGACUGAUGCGGUGGUCUUCCGUAGUGGGCGGAGACUGUUCUAGAAGCCUUCCAUUCUGCCAAUUUAGAAGUUAGCAAGUUAACGAGACCAGCCGAUAUGCGCCCAAUCCCCGGCCCCGACCGCCUGCGCCGAAACCCCGAUGCCUCGCUAAUCGCUCCACCGCUUUACUUAUCUACGUAGAAGAUAAAGAAAAUUAGUGUAUUUAUAUUCCUUAGUUCAUUUGUUGAUGUGAAGUGAUCGAGUGAAGUGUAGUGCAGUGUUACCGGCCGGAACCAGUCAGUGCCGGUUGUCGAGUUCGAGUUGCGUCGUUCCGGGCCCGAUGUAGCCGGAUCAUGGCUUUCAUGAUGAUGAAAAAGCGAUACAAGUUCGAAGUGCAAUGUUGUCUGGAGGAGCUCACGGAGGUGCCGUUCGUGUCCGCUGUCCUCUUCGCGAAGGUCCGGCUAAAGGACGGAGGGAACUUUCAGGCCCAUUCUAGCAGGGAAGAGGUGCGCAAGCACGCGGUGCGGUGGAACGCGGAGUUCUCGUUCGUGUGCAAGAUGAGCGCGAACGCGAACACGGGCGUGCUGGAGCCGGCGCUCAUGAGGGUCUCCGUACGCAAGGAAUGCAAAGGUGGAAGGUCGUACCAGAAGCUAGGCUUCUGCGACGUGAACCUGGCGGAGCUGGCGGGCGCGGGCGAGACGACGCGGCGCUGCCUGCUGGAGGGCUACGACCCGCGCCGCAGGCAGGACAACUCCGUGCUACGGAUACGCAUCAAGAUGAACAUGAUCUCCGGGGACCCGCUCUUCAAAGUUCCAGAAAGAAAGCAAGACGUAGCUGAAAAGACUGGUGGAGACAGUGGGUCGGAGAGCGCGGCGGCGGCUGACGACGAUUGCGCCUCUUCCACUGCCAGCUCCGGCUUUGGCUCUCUUACUAAGAAGAAGAACUAUGAGGGCGUAGCACCCGCGCUGUCCUCGCUGCCGUCGUGCGAGCUACCGUCUCCGGACGCGGAGGAGGCGCCGCUACCGUUACCGCUGCCCGCACCGCUACCCGCCCCCGUUCCCGUCACGCUGCCCGACUACCCCGGGUUGGUGGUGUCGAGUCAAAGCACAAUCCCAACGGUGGGCGUGGGCGUGACGGUGAGCGGAGGCUGCGCCGCCUGUCAGCAGCAACACACACACUCCAGAAACUCUUCCAACACUUCCGGGGAUAUGAGCAGUAAAGCGUCCGGUUACGGCAGCUCGGUGUCGGCGGCGUCCGCGCACUCGCGGCAGAGCUCCGAGGGCGAGUCGGCCGACUGUCCGCGGCCGCACCACAACAGUGUGCGCGUGGAGCGGACGACCACCACAACGACGUCAGUAUACGUUCCGCCGCAGAACUGCAAGCAUGCCAGUCGAACGUUAGCCAAGCUGCUCCUAGAGAAGACCGUUCGCUGCGAAACUGCAGACCUCUACUUAUCAGACUCGACGUUAACGACGUCGGACGUGUACCUAACUCCCAACGCCACCCUCACGAACCCUCCAGACCUAAUCCCCAAACACGACCUCCUCUCCCCGGCCAGUGAGGAAUACAAAACGCCGGAAUGCACCAUCCUCGACGAUCACUCUUUCGCGAUGCCCACGUACUUCGACAAGAAAAGAAAAGCCGCGUCCGUCAUCGUCUCCGCAGUACAACCGCUAACGAACUUCCAAAUAUUCAAACAGAAGUCGUUGAACACUAUCCCGGCGAUCAUAGAGAGGAACAGAAAAACCGAGGAGCUGUUCACGAACUUCCCCUUUCUAACGCCGUUAGCGCACAGAAAGAAUUCGCUCGUUUCGAACGCUAACAGACUGUCAGGAUGUAUCGAGGAUGAGUUCUACUGCAUUCCCUCCGAGGCGGAGACGGACUGCGGCUCCAUGGAGAGGAUAGACGUGCGACAUCGGUUCAGGAGUCUGUCCAAUCAAGCGUUGGGGGAGGCUCUGACGUCGACGCCGAAGAGUGAGUUGGAGCGACACAGCUACAACGAUUGCCCCAGGAAUCCGUCGUCAGGCUCGCUGACGGCGUCGGCGUCCGAGAGCGGGUCGCUGGAGCGCGCGCGCGCCGCGCACGAGCGCCGCCUCGCGCCCGCCGACGACCAGCACGUGGUGUCGUGUCGCGUGGAGAACACGCGCGUGAACCCCGACUCCCUCAUCGACGAAAUCCUCGCCGCCACCGAUCUCAAGCACGCCGUCGACGACCCCGCCGAGACGUCAGGUCUGCAGCUAUACAUCACGCGCGACGGCACGGCGGAGCUGGGGUCGCGGCGGCGGCAGCAGCUCGCGCGACGCGACUACCAGCGAGUCGUGCUGCAUCCGCACGACAACAGGUAGCCUACGGUGCGCGAGGAGGCGCCGCUCUGCCCCACGCCGCCGCCCGCGCGCCCCGCGCCCCCCGUGUGACGUCGCACACGCCACGUCGCGCCAUCCGUGCGACGUCGCACACGCAACGUCGCGCUGCCCGUUUUCCUGCAGCUAUAACUCGUGUUAAUCAUUCCCUCUCACUUACACUCUAUACCUGUGUACAGCGUGCGAGUGAGAGAGAACGAUUGGUGUUCGUGGAGCACGAGCUAGGUAGGGACGGAGGAUACAGUGCCCAGUGCAAGUGUGUGCGGUGACGGACUGUAAAGUGGACAGUAUUAUACGAGAUUCGCGGAUUUGCCCGCCGCCCGCGCCGCCCGCGCCGCCCGACGCUCCAGCGUCUCAUGAUAGUCGCACAUCGCAGCGUGAUCUGCUAUCAUAUAUAAUGUAACUAUGUGUAAACAGAAUUCAAACUAACAAUAAGAAAGUCAUGACUUUAUCUGUAAACAGUCUACAAAAAUUACAUGAUGUUUGUCUUCAUUAUAUUUUAACUGUUUAUAAAAAAUCUAUUAAGUAUAUCGAGAAUUACUGUCAAAUUAGAUGUCAUAAUAUGGCGAAAGAUUAUUCCUAUUCUUAGUCUGAACAUAAUAAUAUUAUAAAACUUCUAUACUGAUUGAGCCUUGGAUGUGGAUGAAGUUGAAUGAGGAAAAAAAAGUCAUGAAACAAAAAUAUGUUUAACAAAUUAUGGCCAGGUCACAACACUGACAAAAAUCAUUUUUACACAUUCUGUGUAAAUUUGAUCUUUGACAUGCAUCAUGAAAAUUUAAGAUUACGAGGCAUUUUCAAAUUUUGCGACGGAAAUAGUAAACAUAUACAUGUAAAGCAUUCGUAUCGUAUAGUUACAGAGGAGCGGGGCGGCUCGGCGGCGGGCGCGUAUGACAAAACUAUGAAUAUUUAUUGUUUUUAAUUAAUUAUACAUAACUUAUGCCAUAAACUAAUUGUUUUACACUACAUGUAACACGAUCGGUGUUGUUUUACUGUUCGCGCGACGUCGCGUCGGAGCGUUUUGUAUGGUUUACAAUUUUUUAUUUUACAUUGUAAGUAGCUGUUUGAAUUGUAUGACGCCUGCGACGCCGCGACUGAAUGUUCCUAUGUUUGCGUUAGAGCUUCCUGCAUACUGUAUUUUAUUGUUGUAUUCUUAUGGUUCGAUUUAGGCCGAAUAGGGACUGGUAAACAACUUGAAAAAAGCGCAGUAGGUAGUCGAUUUUCAAAGUAAAACUUAUUUAACCUGUGACUUAUGAGUAUGAGUACGUUUGAUUGAAUAAAAAAUAUUUUUAUGUAUUUAUUUAUUUAAAAACUAUCUUUCUUGGAUGCGGCCGUAUUUAAAAUGGCUGCCAAACAGAACAGCUCCAAAAUUUUUGUUGACAUAUUUCCAAAAAUGGAACACGCGCGUUUAUUUUAACUUCAACUGUGUGUAAAGGUUACCCGCACUAUUUUUUAAGGUCACUUCGACAGACCGAAAGGUACGCGAUAGGUUGAUACUUUCUACAUAUACGCAAACUUUCCCCCACUACGUCGCUUUUUGCUCAAGAUGUUUACUGGUCACUAUAAUAUGCCAUGCGACGCGUUUUGUAUAUGACCAUGACCUGGGGUUAUUUGCUAACUCUGAACGAAAGUCAUACAUAUUUUAUUAUUAAUCCAUUGAAGGUUUGCUAAAAAAUAUUUUAUAUUGCUAUAAUAUUAUAUUUUAUGUUGGUUCGACAUUGCUAUGUCGAACCAACCAUUGUCAAAGGUUUCGAGGGCUCUCAUUUAAAAUUACUGAGUUAACGAAUCACCCCACUGUGGGCUUAUAAACUUUUCUAACUUUCAACAAAACUGACUAUUCAUUGGCCUUCAAAACUGCGUCGCGUGUUAUAAGUAUGUUUUCGGCUUAGGCUAAGGACAAAUCUAGCUGAAAAUCGCAAGCAAGGGCUACUUUCGCAUAUAUGGCGAUUUUCUAACAUUUCAUGAAGGAAUAACGUUCGCGGAAUUUUUCCAGAUCUGUCCUUAGCCUUAUAUUGACCUAUGAACCUUUUACAGUCUUCUAUUUGCCAAACAUAAUAUAAAGGCUAGUCUGAAGUGCGUAU